AUGACAGGCAGCACUUUGAACAUCGCGUUGCAGAACGCUUCCAACUCGAGCACAGUCUAUGCCUACAUCACCGGACAGGCCAUUGACAACAACAAUGCUUUGGUCAUCAUGCAAGCCGACGGCAAGACGCCAUACUACCCCUCUUCGCCCAGCUCUACCGGUCAACCCCUCGCCCAGAACUGCGCCAUUCCGCUGGGAGCACCCGGUUCUACGGCCACUGUAACCAUUCCUCGCAUUUCUGCUUCGCGUAUCUGGUUCGUCUUUAACGAUACCCUCACGUUCCUGUUGAACCCGGGUCCUGGGCUUGUUGAGCCGUCUAUCAGCAACAAGUCUGAUCCGAACUAUAAUAAGACCUGGGGCUUUGCUGAAUUCACCUUUAACGCGGAUCAGUUAUAUGCCAAUAUCAGCUAUGUGGACUUUGUCAGCAUUCCUCUCUCCAUGACCUUGCUGAAUGCCGCUGGGAACACCCAGCACGUCUCCGGCAUCCCUCAAAACGGAUUGGCAACCAUCUCCAACGCCUUAAUUGCACAGAACAAAUCCGAUGGCGCCGGCUGGGACCAACUAGUAAUCAGCAACAACGGCAGCGUGCUCCGCGCCGUAAGCCCUAACAACGGCAUCGUGCUUAACAACAGUCUCUUCUCCACCUACUAUACCGCGUACGUCGACGCCGUCUACGCCAAAUACAGCAGCACGCCCCUGAGCAUCGACACACAAGCCUCCUUCGGCGUCGUCCAAGGCACCGUCUCCAACUCCACGCUCACAUUCCCGUCCGUCGGCUCCUUCACCAAGCCCAGCACCGCCGACAUCUUCUCCAACUCCAGCGGGCCCUUCACAACCUCCACCCCCGGCAUGGCAGGCCUGACGCCCCGCCUCGCCGCCGCCUUCAACCGCACCACGCUGCUGAUCGAUAGCACGCAGCCCAGUACCGACGUGAGUUCUUUCUACGCGAAUAAUCCGACCAACCAUUAUUCCCGUAUCGUCCAUGCGACGAAUCUGGAUAACAGGGGUUAUGCGUUCCCGUAUGAUGACGUGCAGGCGACGGGCGGCGCGGAUCAGAGUGGUGCGGUGUCGGAUGGGAAUCCGCAGCUUUUGACUUUUGCUGUGGGCGGGAUUGGUGCUCAUACUUGA